AUGUCGAAGAAGGAGCCGAAAGGGGUUGCAGUCACCAAGUUCACCAGAAUCAGAAGUACACCUGGCAAUGAGCAGAAACUUCAGGAGCUUGCCAGAGAGUAUGGAGAUCAUGGCGCCCACAUCGUCAUUACUGCUGUCACAAUGAGUGUUGGACUACCAGCGAGGGGGAAGUUCCGACUUGGGGGCGAAUAUACAAUCAAGAAGUUUUUGAAGCAGAUGAAAGAUCGAGGGUUGAUGGAUGAUUGGCAUGUGGAUGGCUGA